GACUCAAAGUGUAAGUGCUGUUCCGACAACAGAGGUGAAAGAAACCAACUAUGGCGGCCCCUGUUGUAGUGUCUACCUCUGUAUCUGUGUGUUCCAACUAUGGCUAUCAUCGUCGUCCAUCCCUUUCCGCUCUCUCUUAUUAUUCGAACUCAAUCUCCAACGCAAACCUAAAACUGAGUUCGCAAUGUUUCUCCAACUUGCUUCGUUCGAAUUCAAAAGCCCCGAUUUAUUGUCGCAAGUUUGUUGCUCGCACUUCAAUUGGAGAGAAUGAGAGUGAGAGUGAGAGUGAGAAGGAUUUAGGGUUAGUAGGGGAGGACUCUGCGGCGUUUGAAUUGGGCAAACAGAAAAUAUCUUCGUGGAUUUAUUUCACCGCUAUUUUAGGAGUCGUUCUCUGCGUUCUCAACGUCGCAUGGAUUGAUAAUUCAACUGGCUACGGCAAAGCUUUUAUUGACGCCGUUUCUACCCUUUCCGAUUCUCACGAGGUGGUAAUGUUGAUUCUAAUUCUUAUAUUUGCUGGUGUUCAUAGUGGCUUAGCUAGCUUCCGGAACACUGGCGAGAAACUCAUUGGAGAAAGACCUUUCCGUGUAAUUUUUGCAGGGAUAUCACUACCUUUGGCUGUCAGUACUGUUGUGUAUUUUAUUAACCACAGAUAUGAUGGACUUCAACUCUGGCUGCUCCAGGAUGCUCCUGGGCUUCAUCAACUUCUGUGGCUUUCGAAUUUCAUUUCUUUCUUUUUCCUAUAUCCUUCAACUUUCAAUCUUUUAGAGGUUGCAGCUGUUGACAAGCCUAAAUUACAUCUAUGGGAAACUGGGAUCAUAAGAAUAACCCGGCAUCCACAGAUGGUUGGCCAGGUUAUCUGGUGUCUUGCUCAUACGAUUUGGAUCGGAAAUUCCGUGGCUGUUGCAGCUUCAAUUGGCUUAAUUGCACAUCAUCUAUUUGGUGUCUGGAAUGGAGACAGGCGACUGGCUAUAAGAUAUGGGGAGGAUUUUGAAUUAGUCAAGAGUCGAACAAGUGUUGUCCCUUUUGCAGCAAUCCUUGAUGGCCGACAAAAGCUACCUAAAGAUUUCUACAAGGAGUUUAUUCGACUGCCAUACUUGACAGUUACUGCACUAACUUUAGGUGCUUACUUUGCACACCCGCUUAUGCAGACUGCUAGUUUCAAUCUUCAUUGGUAGGUUGAACACAGCAAAUCCUGUUGCUUUUGUGUAAAAUCUACUGUUUGUCAAUAGGCGGAGAUGAAGAUAUUAAAGAAAAGAAAAUAAUAUGAAGCAAUAGGUUAUUAUCACAAAGUUGCACCUGGUGUUUUGGAUGCGCAUGUUAUAUCAGUUUUUUACAGCAGCUGCAACUUUGUGACACCCACACAUUACAUUCUUCAAUUAUACGGAGUAAAUGUACAUGUUGUUAGCAGUGCUUACUAAAGUGCUCCUUUAACAUUUCUCCCCAAAAUGUAUUAAUAUUCUCAAAGUGAAAUCAGAAAAUAUCUAUGAUUGAUUUUCUGAAA